GAAAACAGGGAGAAAGAAAAAACUGCGAAAAAGAAAAAGAAAAAAAGUGAACGAAAACGAGCGCGGGGAGCUCGCGGACCGCAAAACCCUAACCCCGCGGCGGCGGCGGCGGCGGCGGAGAUGGCAGACGGCGGAGGAGGAGGGCCUCCUGCGGCGGCGGCGGCGCUCAAGGACCAGGGGAAUGAGCAGUUCAAGGCGGGGAGCUACCUCAAGGCCGCCGCGCUCUACACGCAGGCCAUCAAGCUCGACCCUGACAACGCCACCCUCUACAGCAACCGAGCUGCAGCAUUCCUGCAGUUGGUUAAGCUUAGCAAAGCACUUGCUGAUGCAGAGACAACAGUCAAGUUGAAGCCACAAUGGGAGAAGGGUCAUUUCAGGAAAGGUUGUGUUUUGGAGGCAAUGGAGCGCUAUGAAGAGGCAAUAGCUGCAUUUCAGAUAGCUUUGCAGCACAAUUCACAAAAUGCAGAAGUCUCAAGAAAAAUCAAGAGGCUUUCUCAGUUGGCCAGGGAAAAGAAGCGAGCCCUUGAUGUAGAGAACAUGCGUUCAAAUGUUGACAUUGCAAAGAAUUUAGAAUCACUGAAGACUGAGUUGGCUGCAAAGUAUGGAGAUGCAGAAACAGGGCAGAGUAUCUUUUCUUUCAUUGUAAAUGUGAUAGAAUCAGCAAUAAAGGUUUGGCAUGACACAGGCAAUGUAGAUCCAAGGGUCAAUUUUCUUCUUGAUCAGAAGACUGAUACUGAAAAAUAUGCCCCAGUAGUUAACAUUGACAAGGCAUUUGAGUCCCCUAACACUCAUGCCGAGUGCUUCACAUAUUUGCGGCAAUAUGCGGAGAAUUCUUCUGCGAAGGCUGCUUGUAUGGUGGCACCUAAGAGCAUCAUUUCCUACCCACAGGUCUGGAAAGGGCAAGGAUCCAGAAAGUGGAAGCUUGACCAGAGUGACGGGUUCUUUGUACAAUUUGAAUCACCAGCUCUGAGGAAGAUAUGGUUUGUGCCUAGCACAAAAGAGAAGGGCCGAACAUUGUGCAGGAGCCCUGAGGCCUUGGACAUCGGCAUCCAUGAAGUCCUCCCCCGUAUGUUCAAGGAAGCAGCAGCUUAACUUAAGCGAGGGGCAAAUGAACAAUUGUCGAUGGAUGGACGGACGGAUGGAUUCCUGAUCCUGCUCAGCCUUGGUUUUCGUCUGUCGUCUGAAAAAUAGCCGGCUGUUUUCUCAGGCUGGAAGAGAGAGAGAGAGCAGCUUGCCUGCCUGUAUUGUGAAAGUUGUAAACAGUGGAAGUGGGAUCUGUGUAAGGGCUUCCUCUGCGCUGAGCCGAGGGACUCUUGAAAUUUUGCUGCUCAGUUGUUUUGCGCUGUUAUGCAGUGAGCGUGUUGUAUUUCGUGAGUGUAUACAACAGCCUUGGUUGGUGGUGGUGGUAUUUCAGUUUCAUUAUUGUUUUUCCCAGGGAACAAAAACUUGUGCUCUUAUCGAAGACAAUAAAAUUUUCUGAACAAUUAGUGGCA